AUGGGUGCCAUGUACCUCCUGUCCCUUAUUUCCCGUCCAUGGGCCGGGGGCCAGGGCCAGGGCCAGGCGGGGUCGGGGACGGGGGACAUGGACGAGGACGGAGACCUGGACGAGGAACGGGGCCAGGAAGAAGACCAGAUCCUCGAAGAAGGGAGGGGGGGGGGGACCGCUGGGUACGAGAGGAUGAUCAUGUCCAAGAUUCUGUCACGGACACUGUCCAGGUUUCCCGUUCCCAAUGGCAAGGGGAAAAGACUGCCUGAGAAUGGGUACAGCCUGUGUAGAUCUGCACAAGAAAAAGAGCCCAACGGCGUGGAGAAAGCCUGA